AUGCAGGCCACUGAGGCAGGAAGGCGGCGCCUGGUGAGAUUCCACCACUGCCGGCAGGACAUCUAUUGCUUCGAGGUGCCCCCACAGUGCCCCUUUUGCGGGCAGGGUGUGGGCGCCAGGCGGCUGGAGGAGGCGGCCCUGAGCAUCGACAGCCCCUUCGUGGACGGGCACCGGGAGAAGUGCUCCUUCCUCCUCAAGCCGACGCAAGGGACCUUCCUCAGGGACUAUGACGGGCACUCCGACCUCCACGUGGGCAUCAGCAGCACACACGGGACCGUGUACAGCUACACAGCGCUCGGCGUGCAGCGGGACGGUGAGGGCUGGGAGCAGAGCGUGAGUGUCCCGCUGCUGCCACCCCACGCAUGGGCGCUGCUGAACCAGUGGGACAAGUACCUGGAGGACUUCUGCGCUGCGGCCACCUGGCUGCCUCACAGGUACGAGGAAAACCUGCACAACUGCUACACCUUUGCGCUAGCCUUCAUCAACGCAGUCCUGCGCGCCGACGGCUCGGGGCCGCUGGACAAGCACGAGUUCACGGAGAGGUUUGUGCUCCCGCGGACCAGGACAGCAUCCAAGUACAUCACCCUGCACCGCGCCGUGGAGGCCCACGGAUUCCACGCCACGGCAAUGCAGCCGGCUGAGAGCUGA